AUGGCUGGUGUAGCUAAACUAUUCGAUGGUCAUAUUCUCGAUAAAUCCAACAGAAAUGUCGAUCUCAAUCAUGAGAAAUAUCAAGGAAAAGCCAUCGGUCUUUACUUCAGUGCUCAUUGGUGUCCACCGUGUCGUGGUUUCACUCCGAUUCUGGUCGAUUUCUAUAACAAAUAUGGUUCAGAAAAGAACUUAGAGAUUAUCUUCAUAAGCUCCGAUAACGACGAAGAAUCAUUCAAUGAAUAUUAUCAAGAAAUGCCCUGGUUAACAUUGGAUUUCAAAGAACGCGAGAUUUCAAGUUGA